CUUUAGGUACUUUUUCGAGAAGGAUUGGGUUACAAGCGGCUGUUUCUUGGCAAAGGGUCUCUAAGACGUUUGUUGUUUUUUCAUGAUUUCCUGCCCUUUUACUUUAGUCUAAAGGGGGAGCUGGGCGGGCUCGAGCUCUGUCUUAGUUUUACAAAACUGAAUCCUGUAGUUACACAGCUGAAAGGAGCUGACAGAUCCACACAGACCCUAAAUCUUCACCGACAGCCUGUAGACUGUGUGGCUUUAUACCAUCUGUUGCCCAGGGAGGGCACAGUGGUGGCACUGGGCUGUUGCCUGUUGGACUGCCCAACAAGGGUUCCGGUUCUUCAAACCAAAUUGUGGAGCAGUGAAGGGGAGACGAAACAUUAACGUUGAUACGUUCACAUUUCAGAUCAAAUACCUUUUCUAAAAUUUUGGAAUAUAUUUGAAAACUGCAUCUGUUCUGGGAGUGGUAUGCUGGCGUUACUCCAGGGUCUGCAUCCUAUCAGCCUUCCUAGAGAAGAUUAGAUGCAGGACUUAUAUUUAUUGAAGUGUUAUUUCAAAACACAUUUUAAUAUAAAAAGGUAAAGACUGAGCAUCACAAAAAGUAGCAGUUAACAACUGAUUUUUAAAGAAAGGCCCAAGUGGUUCCAUCUCUUGCCCUGUAUCUGUAUAUCAUAUAUAUAGUGAAAACAUAGUAUCUGCUAUGGCCAUCACCAUGCGCAACCCAUGGUUUCUUCUCUGUUUGGGUUUAAUACUCUGUUGGAGUUACUCAGCUUGGAGCCAGUCAUUAUACACUGAGGAAGAAAUCGAAAAGUUUCUAAAGGGUCUUCUGACAUCUGAGGACUCGAAGGACAAGGAAGUUAAGGAAGACAUUGAAGAAGCACCAGUAAGGAUAGAUGAGACUGAAGUCGAGACAAGUGAUAAAAAUAGGAAGGCUCUAGCAAAACAAGAUAAGGGGAUACGUGGAAAAAAAGAAACACCACCAAAGCUAAAGAAAGAAAAAACUCCUAAACCCACGAAAAAACCAAAGCCCCCAAAACCUACAAAGAAGCCAAAGCCUCCAAAACCCACAAAGAAGCCAAAGCUCCCAAAACCCACAAAGAAGCCAAAAGCCCCUAAGCCUACUAAGAAGCCUAAAGAAAAGACACCUAAAGUAACCAAGAAACCUCAAGAGAAGGAGCCACCAAGGAUUCCAGAAUGGCAUACCACAACACUGUCCCCAGAAGAAGACGUCCACCCAGAGAAAAAAUAUGACCCCACAGAGAAAACUAUCAGAACAGACAAGGAAAAUGAUGAAAAACCAAAGAUGCCAAGCACAACACAGGAGGUGGAAUAUGAGGAAAUCUUCACAGAGAAAAUUCACCCAACACCAUUGCCAGAGAAGACCACAACAAAGGCAACUAAAAAGAAGGAGGAAGAGAAAUAUUAUACAGAAGAACCAGUGGAACUUGAAUUCCAGGUGCCACCUGCAGAACCAACUAAGAUACCAAGCCCAGAACCAGAGAAACCUGUAGAACCUCACUACGAUGAUCGGGAGGACAAACCUGUUAUAGAGCCUGUGGACUAUGAUGAUGUUCUGCUGAACAAACUCAAGAAGGAAGGAUUGGAUGAAGAAUGGAGCCCAGAGGAAGGGCAGCCAUAUACUUCCACAAAGUGCCCACCCCUGGGUUUGGAGUCUCACCGUGUCAGAGAUGAUCAGCUGAUGGCCUCAUCAAUGUUGCGUUGGGGACUGGGACCCCACCGAGGCCGGCUCAACAUGCAGGCAGGCACCAAUGAAGAAGAUUUUUAUGAUGGAGCCUGGUGUGCUGAAUCUGACGAUCCAUCACAGUGGUUUGAGGUGGAUGCUAGAAAGACUACAGAAUUUACUGGAGUCAUAAUACAAGGUCGAGAUUCAGCGAUACAUAAUGACUUUGUGACCUCCUUCUAUCUGGGGUUCAGCAACGACAGCACGACAUGGCAGAUUUACAGCAAUGGCUAUGAGGAAUGGUUAUUUCAUGGCAGUGUGGACAAGCAUACCCCAGUGCUGACAGAGCUUCCUGAACCUGUAUUUGCACGCUACAUUCGUGUCUACCCACAGAACUGGAAUGGGAGUCUUUGUAUGCGACUUGAAGUCUUAGGAUGUCCAGUAUCACCCAAUCCCUGCCAGCAGCAGAAUGAAGUGACCUGCACCGAUGAUCUAGAUUUCCGACAUCAUGAUUACAAAGCCAUGCGGCAGUUUAUGAAGAAAGUGAAUGAGGAAUGUCCCAUGAUUACUCGAAUUUACAGCAUUGGGAAGAGCUUACAUGGUCUGAAGAUGUAUGCCAUGGAAAUAACAGAUAUGCCUGGAGAACAUGAACCAGGUGAACCAGAAUUUCGAUACACAGCUGGCCUACAUGGAAAUGAAGUUCUAGGCCGGGAGCUUUUGCUACUGUUAAUGCAGUUCAUGUGCAAAGAAUUUAAAGAUGGGAAUCCACGAGUCCGCUACCUGAUUGAGGAGACAAGAAUUCAUCUUGUACCCUCCCUUAAUCCAGAUGGAUAUGAGCUUGCCUACCAGGUGGGUUCAGAAAUGGGCCACUGGUCACUCGGCCACUGGACAGAGGAAGGCUAUGAUAUUUUCCAGAACUUUCCUGAUCUCAACACAAUCUUAUGGGAAGCAGAAGACAGGGGCUGGGUACCCCGCAGAUUCCCCAAUCAUCAUAUACCAAUUCCAGAGAUCUACAAGUCUGAAAAUGCAUCUGUGGCAGUGGAGACAAGGGCUAUUAUUUCCUGGAUGGAAAAAAUCCCUUUUGUCCUAGGAGCAAACAUUCAGGGUGGUGAACAGGCUGUGACUUACCCCUAUGACAAACCAAGACCGAUGUACAAUAACAGGAAUAGAGGAGAAGAUGAUGAGCAAGACGAAUUCAUUACAGGCAACAGUGAGACUCCGGAUAAGGCUAUUUUCCGAUGGCUGGCUGUCUCUUAUGCAUCUACUCAUCUCACCAUGACAGAAACGUACCGUGGGUCCUGUCAUACUGAUGAUUUCACUACUGGAGAUGGAAUUGUCAAUGGUGCAAAAUGGCGUCCUAUACUGGGAAGUAUGAAUGACUUCAGUUACCUUCACACCAACUGCUUCGAGCUGUCUGUGUUUGUGAGCUGUGACAAAUUUCCCCAUGAGAGUGAACUUGCCAUGGAGUGGGAGAACAACAGAGAGGCAUUACUUGUAUUUAUGGAACAGGUGCAUCGUGGGCUUAAGGGGAAGGUAACAGAUGAGAAAGGAGACCCCCUGCCAAAUACCACAAUCUCCAUUGAAGACAUUAACCAUGACAUCAAAGUUGCAACUACUGGUGACUACUGGCGCCUUCUGAAUCCUGGGGAGUACAAAGUCACAGCAAGAGCAGAAGGGUACCAAACUGUCACAAAGACCUGCACUGUGGGAUAUGAAAUGGGUGCCACACUUUGUAACUUCCACCUCAAAAAAAAUGUGAGACCUGUUUUUAUGACACCUAACAGAAAUGGACGCUUUGGGAAUGUAAACAUAAACAAGUUCCCACGACUUCGUGAAAGGAUGUUAAUGAGGAGGUACUUUCUUGCAAGGAUGAGGGCAAAGAAGAGGUAUGAUGAACUUAAGAACAAAAGACUGAAUGCCUUCUCAUCUACGACCAGGGCACCUACCAUCACUACUACUUUUACCACAUCUACCACCACUACCACUACAACUACCACCACUACAACAAAGUCCACUAAAGAAAAUGUACGUAGAGGAAAAGGAAAUGUGGCAGGUCAGACAACAACUGCUGAACCAUUCACAACAGCAGAGACUUACACAAUCGAGUUUUACUAAUAAAGUACUGAUUGUAGACUUUAUGUGGAGGUACUAUUUUUGUAGACCUUGGAAACACAAAUAAGAAUAAGUAUACUCCACUGCAAGGUCUGCAGUAUCAUUCCUUGCUAACAAAUUGUUGUGUUCUACCUAGUCUUUUCUUGUGAUCAUAGAGUGUACAAAUGUUUUUCAUUUGUUGGCAUACAGCUCAUACAGGCACAGUUUUCUUAUUUUCAUAUUAAAGACUUAACAGUUUUUAGCUGUUUGCUGUAGACAGUUUACCAUUAAUCCUACCCAGUCCCCAUCUUCUGGUAUUCAAGGAUGAUGUUCUUCUGGUCAUGUUCUUUAGAACUAUUAAAAUAAUCCCUUUGUUAACUUUCUGUAGGAAAGAUGUGAGCAUCUCAGCACUUGUUCUCCCCAAGGAAGAUUAAUACACCAGUAGGCUUUGCUUUCUGUUGGGAAGGUGUGAACAGCAACAUACUUCAUGUUUCUCCAAGAACAAUUGUCAUACCAACACAUGCUUCCCCAAGGGGCGUACUCCUGUUUAGCAGAUGAGUACCACAACAGCUGUACCCUCCAGGAGAUAAUUGUACAGUGCCAUACCUAGUCUUCCAGGAGGGGCAUGAAAAGUGUCAGUCUUGCCUGCCUAGGGGAUACUAGACAUUACAUGUCUCUGAGGAACGGUUCAGCACUGCUGUUCCUGUCCACUACACAGAAUGACUGGCUACUAGUUUACCUUCUGGUGGUCACUGUAACAUCAAAACUAGUAAACGUGAUUUUGUGAUAUUUCUAGACAUUUUUAAAUACUGUAAUUAAUUAAGAGCUAUGCUUUGGAUGGUAAAGUUGCAGUGGAAAAAUG